AUACUUGUCAAUGCUUUUAAAAUCAUAUAACCUCUAGCAUAUGUGUCUUUGAAACUAAAUUGCUCCCAAAUGUCCCAAAAUGUCGAACUCGCUUUGCAGAAACUCUGUUCCUAGAGUCUACCACGAAGUAAUUGAGGAUGUGAUCAGUCAGGUUAGAGAAGUUUUCAAAGAAGAAGGCGUUGAUGAAAUGAUACUUCAAGAAUUAAAACAAACAUGGGAAGCAAAAUUAGCUGCUAGUAAGGCUGUACAUAAUGAACAAGAAGAGAAAUUGAAGCAAAAACAGUCCGAAGUUAGUACUGUGAAUGGAUUUCCUAAGCAAAUAAUGGCACAGCCAAUGCACCAUCCGAAUGUCGUUAAUCAACAUCAAGUAGCUCAAGUAAUUGAAACCAAGAUGGUACCAAUUCAAAUUACAUUACCUAUAGCGGCUGGGGCUGAUGCUCAAAGAGUUCUUACUAUCCAAGUCCCUGGCUCAGCCCUCCAAGGUAAUCAACUACAAAAAGUGUUAACAGGCCCUGUAAUAACUGCGACAAUGGGAUUACCAGCUCACAUUGCAUCCUCUCUAUUGCAACAACAUGUUAAUGCUGCUUUCGGUAGCCAGCCACAAGCUGUCACCAUUGUUAAACCAAACAUUAUCCAAACUGAUGGGGAGAUAGCUUCUGAAGAAAUUGAAGUAGAAUUCAUUAUGCCUAAGAAAAAGGGAUCAAAAAGAAGCAGAAAAAAUGUAAAAAAAUCUACCAAACAGCAGCCAGAACAACUAGACGGUCCUUUAGAUACCUCUGACGAGGAUGAGGAACCAUCUGAUGAUAACGAUGAUGAAGACGAAGAUUUUGACGAGGAAAAGGAUGAAGACAAUGACAUGGAGGAUGAAAUUGGGGAAGAGGAGCCUCUAAAUUCUGAAGAUGAUGUUUCAGAUGAAGAACCAGGAGAUUUAUUUGACACAGAUAACAUAGUUGUUUGCCAAUAUGAUAAAAUUAUUAGAAAUCGUAAUAAGUGGAAAUUCUAUUUGAAAGAUGGUAUAAUGAAUUUGUCCGGUCAAGAUUAUGUCUUCCAGAAAGCUAAUGGUGAUGCGGAAUGGUGAAUAAAAAUUAAUUAUAAUUUUAGACUUUCUAUAAAGGUGGUUUAUAAUUUUCCUUUGCAGGAGACUGUUUAUGUUUUUUAUUGUUUCAUACGAAUUAUAUGUGUUUUGAGGUGAGAAAAUGAUCACCUUUUAUUCUUAUCAAUGUUUAUAAUAUAUCUUUGUAUAAUUUGCAUAACGCAGUCAGUUAUGAAUAAUGUAAUUUAAAAUAAAUUUUUGAAAAUCA